AUGUCAGAUAUUCAUGCACCAUUAAUCUCCCAAAGAAGGACUCGAGAAGAGCAACGACAGGAAGAGGAAGAAGAUUACGACCAACAGGCCGAUUUUCACGAGCCUGAUAGACAUACAACAGACUACGGCAGUGGGGUGUAUCAUUAUCCACCCCACCUUCAGCCUGGGCACUUUACAUCACUCGAGAAGCUGUUCUUCUUCCUGUGUUCAUUACUGCUGAUAUUGCUGUUUAUAUUUGUGGGAUUGUAUGCAAGAAGCAGCCAAAAGGACGAUGAUGAUCCGGCGUCCAGACUGCCAUUACCACCCAAGAUACCCAAGAAUCACACCCAAAAUCAGUCUUAUUGUUUGGACUAUAGUUGUAUCAUCACAGCAGCUCAUAUAUUGCAGGAUGUGGAUCGUGAAUUGGAUCCUUGUGAUGACUUUUAUGCAUAUACUUGCAAUAAAUGGGAGCAGAGACAUCUGAUACCUGACGUGAAAUCAAGAAUUGACGUGCAGUCCAUGACAACAGACGCCAUCCAUCAUCGACUAGAUCAAAUCUUAAGCCGAGACUUUGGCAAGAUCAACCCCACCGAUGGAGAAGAAACAGAGCUACCCAGUCCUGAUCGCAUUCUGGAUAGACAGCUAUUCAUCAAACUGAGCGACUUUUACGCAUCUUGCAUGAAUCAAGAUGCCAUUGAAGCAGCAGGAGCAGCACCGCUCUACAGACUAUUCCGCACGAUCCGCCAACUAAUACCAUUAGACCAGCCUGUUAACCCUGACAGUUUGCACAAGACGCUGGCUUACUUAUCAGAUCGAGAAAUUUGGGCCUUGUUUGAAAUGAAGAUUGUGCCUGACACACUGCAUCCCUCGAAACCAAGUCUCUCCUUGUCACAAGGCCAAAUAGGGUUGCCUCAUCGAGAAUUGUACGAUGAUCCUGACACCAUGGCAGUCUACAUGAAAGCGGUUACUUCGAUAUUGGAUAUCAUCUUUCGAAAGGACACAGACAACGAGUUUGGAUGGAAAUCAUGGAGCACGAUUGCAACAGCACGUCGCAUUGUGGAAUUCGAAAAGAGAUUGGCACAAGCAACCUUCACUGAUGUCCAGCAUCCCGAGCGAUGGAGCUUAGCACGACUUCAGGAGGAGGUACCGAGCAUUGACUGGCAAUCAUUCAUCCAGCACCACACAGUGGUGCCUGAUCACAUCCUGAUCCCCACACCCACAUUCAUUGAAAACUACAACAGUGUUUUGAGAUCAUCGAAUGGACGCACCCUGCAAAUGUAUCUGAUUUGGCGUACUAUUUGGAAGUAUUUGGAUGUCAUGGGAGAGGAAUUCGUAACGCCUAAAAGAACAUUGGAUGCUAAAUUGAGUGGGAUCCAGCCUAGAGCAAAGCCAGAGCGUCGUGAUACUUGCAUUGAUCUCAUUGAUCAAAGCGCCAUGGGCUUACUGAUGGGUCGCUAUUUCCUCCAGGAUCAUCAACAACAACAUAUUAUGCAAGCCAAAUCAAAAAUCCAAGACAUGGGACACAUGAUUGUACAAAUGCUGCAACAGCGUGUGCCUUAUUUGGAGUGGAUCCCGAAGGAUGAUGAUGCCACUCGUAAUGAAAUCAUGACCAAACUGCAGCACGUCGAAUUUGAGGUGGGGUAUUCUACAGCAGAGCCUAGUAUCGACAAUGUUAUUUCGCUGGCUGAGCACUUUGGAGAUGUGGUGAUUGACAAGGACGAUUUCUUUGGCAAUAUAAUGGGAAAUAACAAGCAUCGUGUGAGACAAACAUGGGCAUCCCUAAGUCAAGUGAGCACUGAUAAACACGCAUGGAAGAUAAAUGCUCAGAGCGUGGAUAUAUCAUACAAUAGAGAAUUGAACAAGGUGAUCAUACCUGGAGGCCUAUUACAGUUGCCCUAUUUCGAUACAAACGGACCUCACUACUUGUAUAUUGGAACUAUUGGAUGGCUAAUCGGCCACGAAAUCAUGCAUGGAUUUGAUACAAUAGGAAGGAACUACAACACCGAGGGAAUUUUCGGGCAAUGGUGGACAAAUGAUACAAUUGUUCAGUUGGAUUCUCAGAAUCAGUGUUUAAUAGACCAGUACAAUGCGUUUGGAGUGAAUGGCGAGAGAACGCUCAACAACAAUUUUGCGGAUCAUGGUGGACUCUUGAUAGAAUACCUGGAAGCAAUUCCAAAUAACUCCACAAAGAUACCUGGUUUAGAUCCUUGGACACACGACCAAUUGGCUUAUAUUCAAUUUGCUCGAAUGAAAUGUAGCAAGAGUACAGCUGAGCAAAAGCUGCUGGAAAAAGACUGUGCGCCUGAUCGACUCCGUUUUGGCAAGCAACUUGAAACUGAAGCUGAAGGUAUUCCUUCAGAAUGGAGACCCUACCUCAUCCAAUACAAGGCUCUCAAGAAGCUGAUUACAAAGGUUGCCGAGGAAAUCGAAAGUAGAGGUCUGUCUACUUCGCUACUGCAUGAGUGUUUAGAAGAGGAUGGUGGAUUGUCUACUCUGAAUGAUGAGGAAGAUGAAAGUAUUCCAAAAAUCAAGUAUUACUUUACUGGCGAGCCUCCUAAUGUCAAACCCAACAUUGAAUUCACCUAUGAUUCAAAAGAGCCAAAGGUGCAGAAAGUGCUCGAGAAACUAUUGUCUUCAUCCACAUCAACAUCUGAUCAGGUAGAAAGGCCCAAAUUGGAAUUCAAGAGGAGCCACAACAACAAGGAUUUUUUCGCUCUGUCGCCAGCUGUUACUGCCGCUCAUGAUGGCGCUUCAGCAAAUGACAAAGGUGCGGAUCAACACGAUGAGACAACACUGGAUGAUCAUGAACAACAACAGCAAGAGGAGCGUAGUUUGAUUAAAUCUCCGGCUGUAAAGAGACAGAGAAGAAGCUCGACAGUAACGUUGGUCAAGGAAUUACUGACAUUGACUUUGGAGGAAAAGGACAGAAACAAGGACGCCGAAAGGGAAGAUCAGGAAACAGAGGAAGACCAAGAAAAGCACGAAAAACACAUCAAAACAUUGGUGGUUGAACUGGAGCAGGACGAUGAAUUCUUCAAAAUGCUGAUGGAAGAAUUACAGCAAGCAGCCAUGCUGCAAGAUGUUACCACCCAGAAAUUUCAGCAUGACAUAUCUGAUCUGGAGACAAGGAUGACGAAAGUAGCAGCACCUACACAAAAGACAGACAUGUAUAAUUGGCGCAAGAUAUUCUCGAUUUACAUGGACGCACAGAUAUUUCAGGGAAACGCAGAAUCAGAUCGAACAUUUCGCUCAGUGGAAAGAGCCAAGAAGCAAAUGACUUGGUUUCUGGAUCAGUUGGGCAAAUCCAACUUGCUCAACAAGUUGAAAUCCAAAGAAUCCAAAUUUGCUUUCGAACAAUUCGUGGCGUUAAAUACCGAGCUGAUUACCAUGAAACACUACCAAAUGUUGAACCAAACGGCAAUGCGAAAGAUCCUCAAAAAGCACGACAAACGAAGUGGAUUAACGGCUAGCCAGAGCUUCCCGGAAAUCGUAUCAACAGACGCAUUAUUCAGUCCAAAAUUGGCAAAAAUGCUGUACUCGACCAUCACAACCAAAUUAACCACCAUUAUACCACAACCCGAAGAUUAUGCAUGUCCCGUUUGUAUGUCUGUAGCAUGGAGACCUAUCCGAUUGGCUUGCAACCAUGUCUUUUGCGUCCGGUGUCUGAUCAAAGCACAAAAAAAGAAAAUGGACAGCUGUCCUCUGUGUCGACAUCCUACCGCCGUGAGAUCUGCCACAGCGCUGAAUUUAGACGAAGGUUUACAGAACUUUCUCAAACUCUACUUUCCACAAGAAAUCAAGGAAAAGAAGCGAGAGAACGAGCGUGAGCAAGCCAUUGAAGAUGUGCAAGCAAUGACUGGGAAAAAGUACACUGAAGAGCAACUGCUGCGAAUGAGUCAAAAUCGCUCUAAUUCCAAAUGUAACAUUAUGUAG